AUGAGUACCGAGAACGAGGGCGAAUCAAAAGAAAACCCCUCGUAUCUCACUGUAGAAUUAGAGCAUGUCGGCCAUGUCUCCAUCGAUGCAAUUGAGCACCACUACAUGGAGUUGCAAAAGGAACUAGCGAUGGAGCCACAUUUGCGACCACUGCGUGAGGAAUAUGAGAAGAUCCACCGCCUCCUCCGUAAAAGUCACGAUGGGGAGAAGCGCUUGAUGGCAAAGAUAAAGGAAUUAGAUCAUGACUUGAUUACACAUGCGGCGAACGUUGAAAGUGCGCUGAAACUCGCUCGGCAAGAUGAGGACGUGAUUGAGGCCCUGAGGAGGGAAAUAGAAAAGGCCUGGUCACUUGCUGACAGCGCGCAUGCUCGUGAAAAGGAAACGCGGGAACAAAUACAGGAGUUGCGCCAGCAGGUGGUGCGUCUUAAUGGGUUAGUGGAUAAAAACACAAGCAGUACAUUGGGACAGGAAAACUUUCUCCGCGAUCUUAUUAAGGCGAAGAAAGAGUUUGAAAACGAGCGUCUAAUGGCACAAGCUAAGGCGGAGCGGCUCGUGGAUGAACGGCUAUUUGCUCAGAGGAAGAUGCACAAACUGCGAGAGGAUAGUGAAUGUGUGCGGCAUAGCCUUGAGAACACGCUCAAGAACUAUGAAGGCUGUCUACGUAACCUCUCCGAUACCAAACGGGAUCGCGAGAGUCUGGAGCAGCAGGUGCGGGAGUACCGUGUAGAAGCGGAUGAACAUUUGAAAGAGAUAGCAAGCGUCCGUCAAUCGGUGGCCGAGUUAGCAAAAGAGGAGGAAAAGCUGAAAGCACUUGCGCUUUCAGAACGGGAUUCUGUGGGGCAAUUAGCUAAGCAAUUGGAAGAACAACAGGACCGAUUUAAGAAAGAGGCUGACAAACUUGCCGCUGUUGAGGCGCACAAUGCAGAAAUGAAGCAGGAGAUACCAAAGAUGAGAAUGACGCUAAAGGGCCGGCAUGCAGAGGUGGAGCGACUUGCCUUAUCCUUACGAAAGGCUCGUAAAGGAGCCGGGGUCCAGCAGACCGAAAUAGACAAGCAGAUGCAGACGAGGGCUUCGCUGAUGGAACAAACGGAGAAAAUGCACACCGCUAUUGAAGAGCUUCUGCGUACAUUAGACGACCACGUCAAAGCGUUGCAUGAUGAAGAGGUCCGAUUGAAGGGAGCCAUGCCCAUAAAAACAAAACUCCUCACUGAAAAUUCGCGCGUUGAUAGUGAGAAGGCUAUGAUGGAGGGCCAGCGGAUGCUGGAAGAGGGUAAGCGACGUAACUUAACCCAACAACUAGAAAAACUUCUUCGGGAUAACGAAACAAUGCGAAAGAAAAUAUUUGAACUGGAACAAAAUCAGGCGAAAAUCCUUGACAAUGGACAGCGAGAGGCUUUGCAGUAUCAUCGGGUGCUUGAGCAAACACGUAAGCAACAAGGACAGGCUAAGUUACUGCAGCAGCAGUUGGAGGACAAUGAAAAGCGUCUUAAAGCGCAACAGGAUUUGCUUGACCGAGUCUCCGCAGACCGCGCACGAACGGAAAAGCGGUUGAAGGAAAGUGAACUUGAGUGUUCUGGGUUGAAGCAGCGGUAUAAUCACAAUGGGGAGGAGAUUCAGUUGUUGAAGAUGCAAAUUAUAGGCAAGGAGGGCGCACUUUGCCGCAUUCAUAUGGUACGCAAGCAACUUCAGCGUGACAUCGCCAAUGCUGAGGAGCGCGCAAGCCACCUGAAGGAAGACGGUACGAGCGCUACCAACCGCUACGAGACGCUAAAGGGAGAGGUAAAGCAACUCAGUCACUUAAUAGCCGAGUGUGACGCAGAGAAGAGUAAGUACCAAUCUAAAUUUGCUGCACUUGUUAACGAACGGAAUGUACUUGCUACCCAGUUGGUUCGUCGUAACGAAGAGCUGCGCCUCCUCCACAGCAAAAUACGUUUGCAGGAGUGUAGUAUUGAAAAAGGUGCGGAGGACUACAACAAGCGUGUGCGGGCUGUGAUGGGGAAGCGAAGUGAACUUGAAGAGCUGCGACUGCGUUGUCGAGUUGCCCUUGCCCGCAUGCUUCACGCGGAAAAACUGAGACGGCGAAAACAAAAAAUCGAGCGUGACCUCUUUACUGAAAAGCGUCGCUCUCGUGCCCUCGCUGACGAGCUUCAACGUCCUGUAAAUGUGCACCGAUGGCGGCGACUUGAAGGCAAUGCCCCCGAGAUUCUCGACGGCAUUUACAAAGUUCACACUCUAGAACGACAGAUACUUAAGAAACAAGAUUUGCUCGUGGAAAAGACAAAACAAUUGGCUGCUCGCAAUGCAGAAUAUGAGACUGUUAGGAAAAAGCUUGCCGAACUUCAAGGCCCGGAGGUAGCGGGGGAGUUGAGCUUAUAUGACGAAAACUUGCAAUGUCGUCGCGAACAAAUACGGGGUCUUGACACCGAACUUCAGGAGGUUGAACAGCACGUGGACGUAGUGGCUGAGGAAGUGAAGCAACUGACAGUAGAGUUAUGUGAGGUAAAGCGGCGGUAUUAUAAUGCGAAGCAUAAGAAUGACCUGCUCCGCCGUGAGCAAGGUGCUUUCCGCGCCAUGUGGGGUGGGUCUUCAGCGGUCGCUAGGACUGCACUCGCCGCAAUCGAAAACGCUUCGGAGCGCCGGCAGCUCCAGCAACAAGGAUCAAUUUCCAGUCGUCGGCAACCGCUAUGGCGCACGCGGGCGCAAAAGCGCCGCGAGCAAAUUAAACAGGAGGAACAAAUCGUUCAGGUACUAUCGACUGGUGCACCAGCGCCAAGUUUUCCUCUUCAAGUCCCACCAGGUCAGCGCAUUUUCUUGGGGGGUGGUUUUGCGCUAACUCGGUGA